AUGGUUCGGGAAAGACUUGACAGAUUUCUCGCAAGUGAGGAGUGGUGUUCAUUAUUUUCUCAUCAUUGGGUCCAGAACUAUCCUAUUUACCGAUCGGAUCAUGCUCCCAUCCUUCUUUCUGCGGAUGUUACGGCUAGGAGACCGGUGCGUAAAAAACUUUUUCAUUUUGAGGCCCUUUGGCUCUCAAAUAACGAGUGUCAGGAGGUGGUUAAGGGGGCAUGGGAGAGCUCGGUUAGGGCGGGAAUUGAUGAGAGGGUUGAAGUGUGUGCUGGGAAGCUGAGUAUGUGGGCUGCGGCAACCUUUGGAGAUAUUAAGAAGAAAAUCGGUAAAAAGGAGGAGGAGCUUGUCAUGUGGCAGAAACGGGCUCCGGAUAGUGUGAUGAUUGAGAGAUGUAAAGAGCUGGUUGCGGAGUUAGAUGAGCUACAUAGACUGGAUGAGACAUAUUAG